AUGGGCAGCCGUAGGACCUCCCGCAUUGUGCGUAAACCGUCCAGACAUCAUUCGAAAGGUCAUCCGAUACAGCACACCGCGAAUCGCAUGUACGUGGACUCAGAGCAAAUGCUUCAGUGCAAUUCCGGUCCACCGGGUGAGCCGAAUGUGGGAUCGAUUGCAGCAAUGUUUGAGGAUUUAGCCCCGCACAGAGCCGACGACGUGUCGAUCGGACCAAAUAGUAUGGAACAGGAGAUUGAAUCACACGCCCACACAUCCACCGACGUACCACCGCUCGUUCCCGCACACGCCUCACAGUGUGCAUGUUCACAAAAACAGAUUUCGCUGGCACAAAAACGCAUCGCGGAAUUGGAGGCGCGACACAACACUCUGGUUGAGCAUUUGAAUUUGCAACGCAGUCGUCUGGCCGCAGCGGACGCGACUGUGGUCAGCCUGGCUCGGACUCUGUUGCAGUUCACGAUGAAGAAUGACCAAGGAAAAUCAAUGGAUUUGGACCCGAACACAUCCAUUCAUCCAGAUGAACCGAGUGCUCUGAAUGACAUGUACACAAAACCUGCCUUUGCACCUCCGAAACAUCUAGUCGGUGCCCUGAUACGUCAGAACACGCUACCUGGUUCAGUAGACAGUAUCACACGACUCGAAGGGAGCGAGGCACGUCAACCCAACGGUUUUAUCCCUACUGGACUUCCUAUGACCACAACCGUGUCAUCCAAAUCGUUGGAUCCGAUGGCCUGGGUUCAAGCCCCUACUAUGCCGACUCGAAUGCAGCACAACAUGCGUAAGCUGUAA